AUGGAUCAGCUCCCUCUUCUUGGGAGCGGCCCCAGAGCCGCAGCCAUUACCGGCAAUGCAUUAGCUCCCUCCUUCGUCGCGAUGGAUCAGCACGCAGCCUCUACAUCCACUUCACCACCGGAAAAGGCGCCGCCGGCGACGCCGUUCCGGGCCCCGAAACACCGUGGAAAGUCCAACUACAACAGGAGAUCAUCUGACACGAUCAAGGCCAAGAUCAUGUCGCACCCUCUCUAUCCGGCUCUCCUCGGAGCCUUCAUAGACUGCCGGAGAGUCGGAGCGCCGCCCGAAGUUGUCGGUCGGCUCUCCUCCCUCGUCGACGAGCUCCAGCCGAGUUCAGAUGACAUGCAGGAACAGCCAGCGGAGCCAGAACUCGACCAGAGACCUACCGUCCGUGAUAUGCUGGUGGUGUACAGUCAGGAGCUCACGAGGCAAAUCCAAGAAGCCAGUGAGUUGUUGAGGAGCGCUGAGGCCCAUAUCGACUCGUUUGCAAAGACUGGCAACAACUACAACGAGUGCGGGGGUUCUUCCGAAGAUGAGCAGGAGACCAGGGACGUCGCCGGCCUGCCUUCCGGCGAGGGCAAGCAGCUGACGAGCCAGCUCCUGGACAAGUACAGCAGCUACCUGAGAAGCCUCUGGAGGGACCUCUCCGGGAAGAAGAAGAAGAAGAAGAGCGGGAGGCUGCCGAGGGAGGCGUGCCAGAGGCUCCUGCACUGGUGGCAGCUGCACCAAGGAUGGCCCUACCCAUCGGAACCGGAGAAACUGGUGUUGGCGGAGUCGACCGGGCUCGACACGAGGCAGAUCAACAACUGGUUCGUUAACCAGAGGAAGCGUGACUGGAGGCCGGCGCCGCCCGCGAUGGGUAGCAGGUUGCAGCAGAUCGACGCCGGUGCUUGCAGCAGCAGCUCUCCUGCCGUCCUUGGGAUGGAAGGCCAGCACUUCACCGGACGGAGUGGGUAUCUCGACGGUGGUCCGUUUUGA